AUGCCAUCCUCUACUUCAAGCACUGAUUCUUUAAAUAAGUUAUCAGAUAAUGAAGAUGAAAACAUUAGUAAUAACAACAAUAGUAAUAAAAAUAAUAUAAUAAUAAUAGAAAAGAAUUUAUUAAAUGAAGAAGAAACAAAUAUAAUAAAUAAAAAUGGAAAAAUAAAUAGUAGUUCAACAAGUCCAAAUAUCAAAAGCUCGCACUCUGACGAUGAAGAAGAAAGGGAAGAGGACGAAGAAGAUGAAAACUAUGAUAAAAAGAAGAAAAUUAAAACAGAUCAACAAGAGUCAAAUAUACAAACAAACAGUAGUAAUAAUAAUAUACAUAGAGAUGCAAAUUUAGAAGUUUUUAUAGGCGGUAUUUCAAAAAAUGUUAAGGAAGAAGAACUAAAAGAAUUGUUUAACGAAAAGGUAGGCAAUGUUAAAGAGGUUAGACUAAUGAAGGAAAAGAAUGGUGAAAGUAAAGGUUUUGGUUUUGUAAUGUUUGAGGAUAAAUCCCAAUCUGAUACCGCCAGAAAGAUUUUUUCCCAACCAAACUUUAAAUUUGGCGAUGCCAUCACUACUCUUACUGUGAACUGGUCUGAUCCCGAGGCUGAACAAAAUGAUGAUAAAGUAAAAGAUAUCAAAUCACUUUACAUUAGAAAUCUACCAGAAGAAAGGGACUCUGAGACAUUAACCAAAGUUUUUAAUGAUAUAUAUAUUAAAAAUGGUUUAUCAGUAGUUUUUAAUAAUAGCAAUAAUAAUAAUAGCAAUGGUCCAAGCGCAAAAAUCUUGACAUCACCAAAUUUAAUAACACCAACAGAUGAACAAAGCAAAGAUUCAUCAACUAUAGACAAUAAUAGUAUAAUUGAAAAAGUUGUAAUACCUCAAGAUAUUCCAGGAAGUGGACAAAGAAGGGAUUUCGCAUUUGUUCAUUUUAAAACCAGGGAGAUAGCCGAAGAAAUUAUGAAUAUACAUUCUGAUAAACCGAUUGAAUAUAAGGGUAGAGCUUUAUCAAUUAACUAUGCUAAACCAGUGGAUAAAAAAGUAAGAACUGAUAAGCUUCAAAGAAAAAUGCAAAGAAAAUUAUUAAAUAAUGCAAACAGUAUAACAAAUAAAAGCAGUAAUAUUAUAAAUAACAGUUUACUUAAAAAUCAAAAAAAUAUAAAUAGUUUAUUAAUAAAACAAUUACAACAACAACAACAACCGUUGCACAAUCAAUAUGGUCAACAAUCAUCCCAGCAGUUUUUAACACCACCACCACAAUAUUUAUAUAAUCAACUAAACUCAUUUAAUCAACAAGUACCAUUACAACCAAACCAACAAUUAAUAUCAAAUGUACAUUAUCCACAAGCUGCUGCCGCUAACACUGCUUUUUACAAUUCUCAUCAUCAUCCUCAUCAUCCUCAAGCAAAUUAUUAUGCCGCUCCAAGUAAUAAUACAAUGUCUUUAGAUCCAUCUACCAUUAAUCAAUAUAUUCACCCCCAACAAACACAACCAUAUUUAUAUAACCAACAUAACACUACCAUCAAUGGUAAUCCCUCUACCCAUUAUAAUCCGAAUAGUUCAAAAUUUAGAUUUUCACCUUAUUAA